AUGUUUUCCGUUUUGCGCGGAAAAGUUCACUGGGAAAGGAAGCAACCAAUGCUCGCUACGGCACUUCCGAGUGCUGCGAGCCGAGCUCUGGACAGGCUCAGUGGAACAGCGCUUGAAUGGAUCUGGCAGUGCUGGAGCGCAGCGCAGCCGUGGCCGCCGUUCUUCGACACAAAGCAGUUUACCGCGCCGCAGGGUGCACUAGAGCUCAAAGAGCGACUUGCGAUCAACAUUCCGUACUACAGAGGGAACUAUAUAAUACUGGGAUGCGGGCUUCUUAUUCUGGCAGCCUUGCUACGACCAGUCAUCGUCGUUGCCGCAAUCUUGUUGUUUCUUUUGUAUUCCUACCUGUUCUACGGUCAACUGGAGAACUUUUAUCCAUGGUGGACGACGCGAAGAAAGCACGUUGCCUUCGGUGUCGCGGCUGCCCUGGUUGCGUACGGCGUCGACGCUAUCGGCACGAUAUCCUCAACACUGGUAGUGGCCGCACUGCUUGCGCUGGUGCACAGCGCGUGCCACAAGUGCAACGACGAAGUCGAUUUUGAGGCGAACCUACCGAACGGACGGUGA